UGUCUGUCAUCUGUGUUACAACUUGACAAUCAUGGCGAGCACGUCGAGAAUCGAGGCGAAUAGAGUGGUGUGCUAUGCUCAUCCCGAUGCACCGCUUAUCGAGGAUUAUAGAGCAGGUGACAUGAUCUGUUCAGAAUGCGGUCUCGUUGUAGGCGAUAGAGUAAUAGAUGUCGGUUCAGAAUGGCGAACCUUCAGUAAUGAGAAGUCAGGUGUUGACCCGUCUCGUGUCGGUGGUCCGGAAAAUCCACUUCUAUCAGGUGGAGACCUUUCCACGAUCAUCGGUCCUGGCCGGGGAGAUGCUUCUUUUGAUAGCUUUGGAGUAUCAAAAUAUCAGAAUAGAAGAAACAUCAGCAGUACAGACAGAGCUCUUAUAAAUGCAUUUCGAGAAAUAAAUACAAUGGCUGAUCGUAUUAACCUACCAAAAACUAUUGUGGACAGAGCAAAUAAUUUGUUUAAACAGGUUCACGACGGUAAAAACUUAAAAGGUAGAGCAAACGAUGCAAUAGCAUCAGCAUGUUUAUACAUCGCUUGUCGACAAGAAGGUGUGCCACGUACCUUCAAAGAAAUCUGUGCGGUUAGCAAGAUCAGUAAAAAGGAAAUUGGUAGAUGUUUCAAACUUAUCCUCAAGGCCUUGGAAACUUCAGUGGAUUUGAUCACAACUGCAGAUUUCAUGUCUCGUUUUUGUUCGAACUUGGCAUUACCAAACUCUGUACAGAGAGCAGCUACUCAUAUUGCCAGAAAAGCUGGGGAGUUGGAUAUUGUGUCCGGGAGGAGUCCUAUUUCGGUUGCUGCAGCCGCUAUUUAUAUGGCAUCACAGGCCUCUGCAGACAAACGAAGUCAGAAAGAAAUCGGUGAUAUUGCUGGUGUGGCCGAUGUUACCAUUCGACAAUCAUACAAACUCAUGUAUCCUUUCGCAGCCAAACUGUUCCCUGAUGACUUUGUCUUUGCAACACCAAUAGAAUUUCUUCCACAAAUGUAAAUUUAUAAUUAAACACAAUUAUUACACAGAGAAAUCAAUGUAUGCAUAAGUUAAGAGUAAAAUUAAAUAUAAUAAGUUAACAACACCAACUGUUACUUUGUUGCAAGUAUUUUGCUAGUAUUGCCAUGGUAUGAAAAGUAAAGGGUGAUUGGGUAAUCAAUUCAUGAAGAAAUUAUGAUUAAAAUCCGUUACUACUUUUCUAAAUAACAUACAAUGUGAGGAAGCUUAUGUGAUGACUGCUCUGAUAGACUGAUAUAUAUUGUUUAUUACAACUUUUCAUGUCAGUUUUAGAAAUGUAUCUUUGCUAAUAAAUAGUGAUCCUGUGUCUGGAAUGUUCCAUUUGUAAUUUUUGUAAGACACAAAAAAUAUUGCUAUUUUUUUAUAUGCUUAUUUCUACCAAUAAUACGAAAAUAACUAUGAAAAGUAUGUGAAAAUAAACAGAUUUAAUAAAACAUUUAAUUAAAUGAAAAAGCUUACAAAAUUUACUUAAGUAAAUUAGAAAGGCAUAAACAGACUUUAAUACAAAUUAUGUAAAAAUUUUAAGUAUGAAAAUCUAAAAAUACAUUUUUAAAAACUGGCCAUAUAAAGUAAGUGUUUGUCUGAAAUGUUUGCAUAACGACUGGAUAUAGUUAUUUUAAGCUACUUCUCUUAGACAUGAAACAGUAAUGUGGUUCUCUAUACAAAAGUAAUAUCAUAUAGAAAAAAAUAUAUAAUUGUGUUAAUUAUAUCUAAAUAUUUUGUUGAAGUACUUGUAUUGGAUUGUAAAAAAAGCGUUAUUUUUGAUCAGUUUCUUUGUAUACUUAAUACUUUUUGUUGGAAUGCGUAUUUUCUAAAAGUGGUUAUUAAAUCUAAGUAUAUAAUUAUACAUCAAAUAUGUAUAUUAUAGAUUACUUUUAAAGAAAUUCUCCAAGAAUUACAAUACAUAGUGCAUUUUAUAUAAAUGUGCAUUAAUUU